GUUGCAGUCAUAAGCACCUGUUUCAGACAACGAUGGUGAAGCGAAGAGCAGAAGAAGAGGAGGCAUUCGAAAGAAGCCAAAAGAAAACGAGACGAAGUGAUGAAGCGGAGCAAGGUGAAAACGAAGAUGAGCCGAAGGUGAAAAAGGUGAAAGAAAAAGGAACAAAAGGUGCAAAAGGAAAAAAAGCGGAACACGUUGAUGCGGAAGAAGGCCAAAUGGAAGAAGAAAUCUCUAGUCGAGUGCGAAGAUUGGGAGCAGCACAUUUGUGCGAGGGUUCCCUGAUGAUUGGUGCUGUGCGUGACGUCACCGAGGAGGAGCUAACACUCAAUCUCCCAUACAACUUGCUUGCGUAUGUUCAGCGCAGCGAGGUUGAAAGCUGUGGGGGAAAGAUGGGCUGCUUUGAAUCGGGUGAUCUGGUGUCGGCUGUGAUCUUGGGCGCCUUAGGUGCAAAGAAGACCCGACUGGAAGCUUCAUUGCGGCCCAGCCUGGUGAAUGCGGGGUUGGCAACAAGCACAACAAAGCACGGUUUGAAGAAGCACAUGUGGAUCUCAGCGGUAGUUCUUGAAGAAGAGGAGCAUGUGUUCAAAUUGGAUUUGGGACUCGCACCGCAUUUCACCGGCGUCCUCUCAAAGGCGACGGAGACAAAAGUUGGGAAGAUCUUGAUGGUGAUGGUGCAAACGGUGAACUCGAAUGGUUUGGUGACAUGUAGUGGUAGCAACGGUAGCAACAGCUCAAGUUCGCCCUUGAAGAGCGAGGUGACAGACCUGAGCCUUUUGAAGCCGGGGCUUUUGGUUUCGGCGCGGGUCCGUUCGGUGGCUGAAGAGGGUCUGGUGGUGAACUUCUGUGGACUCACGGGAGUCAUUCACAAGCAUCACCUGGGAGUGGAGAAAGACGAGUCGAAAGAGUCGAAAGACGAGGACGGAGACGCGAAGGAUUCCCCUUUCGUGAAGAAUCAGCAGCUUCUGGGGCGAGUUCUGGCGGUUCUUCCUGCGGCCCCGCCCAUCCCACCGAUCGUGCAGCUCACAUUGCUUCCGCAUUUGGUGGAAUGGUUGCCUGCAGAUCUUGAGAAACAGGCGGUAGGAGACCGUUUAGAGGGAGAAAUCUUAGAUUUUCAGCGCAAGUAUGGAUGCCGCGUCCGUUGCAAGACGGAGGGCAUGAUCGGCUUCUGCCCCAUGUCAAAGCUGGCAGAUCAAGAUCAAGACGUCGCCGCCGCUUCCGUGGUCGAUGGACAAGUGGCACAAUACCGAGUUUUGUCGUACAACUUUUUGGAAAACACCUUGGUUUUGACUCGAAGACCUGCAGACCUUUUGGAAAACACCUUGGUUUCCGUCACGGAGCUGGUGCCUGGUCAGCUGGUCACUGGCACUGUUUCCAAGGUUGCAGACCACGGAAUUCAUGUGAAGCUGAGCAGCUAUGUCACGGGGCAUGUUCACCUUCGACAGCUGACAGACGUGCCACUGGCCUCGGUUCCAAAACGGCUCAGCGUCGGUUCCAAGGUGAAGUGUCGUGUACUGCACGUUCACCAGGCGAGAAGGCAGCUGACCUUGACAGCCAAGAAGUCCUUGGUGCAGAGCGACUUCCAAUUGACCAGCAAUUCCUCGGCCAUGCUCAACAUGGUUCUGAUAGGAUACGUGAGCUCAAUUCAUGACUAUGGUGCUAUGGUCAGCUUCUAUGGUGGUGCCAGAGGUUUGAUCCCCAAGAAGGACAUGGAGGCAGAAGAAGCUCCUGCUCUUGGAAUGGCCGUCAAGUGCCGUGUGGUAAAUGUUGACCGCAAGACUUCGACUUGUCGCAUCCUUCUGUCCUUGAACUUGGAGAAUGGUCUCUCAGCUGCUGACAUGGAGGUGAAGGAUGUUUCUGUAGCUCGAACUGGCUCUGUGGUGAAGGUCAAGGCAAUCCACGCUGGUCCUGAUGGCAUUGUAGUGAAAUUCGGGGAGAUGGAUGUGCGAGAAGGGACGGGAGGAGGCUCGGGAGGACUUGGUUACAUUCCAAUUCCACAUUUGUCCGAUGACUUGGACGUUGCCAAGAGCAAAUACCGCAAGAUUUCAGCAGAGGUGCCGUGCGGAGAAUUGAGCCAGGCGGCACUUAGUUCAUCAACUUUCAAGCUCCAUGAACGAGGUGUUGUUUUAGCACGAGGCCAUAUCCCAGGCUACACUAAGGAUGCAGUUGAGAAGCAAGCUGCCUUUGUCCUGAUAUCUUUAAAACAAUCACUGGUUCUGGCAUCUCAAGCUGGUUCGUUCGUGAACCAGGUGGCUGAUCUCCAGGAAGGGCGCUUCUACUCGGGCUACGUCAAGGAAGUUCGAGACUUUGGGGCCUUGAUUUGUGUCGGCAGCUGGAGGCUUGCAGGAGUGGCACACAAGUUUGAGCUCGCCAAUCGCUUUGUCGAAGAUGCCGGCUCUGUCGUGUCUGCCGGCCAAUCCGUCAGGGCCCUUGUGAAGAAUGUGGAUACACAGAAACAUCGCUUCGAAGCAGAUCUGCGACCCACAGCUGUCACUGACAAAACACUCUUGGAGAGAGAGGCAGAGGCGCUUCGCCUGUCUUUGACAGAGAGAAACUUGGAGGAAAUCUUUCCGAAAGGAAAAAGCGGAAAGACUCUUCUGCCGGGGUCUAUGGUCCAUGCAGAAGUGACAAAGAUCGAAGCCUAUGGUUUAGUUCUGUCCGUCAAGGGCAUCACUGCAGUCGCUUUGAAAGAAAACAUGCCCAUGAAAGAACUGAAGGGCAUGACCGUCGGAAAGUCAUUGAGAUGUACGAUUUUAGAUUUUAAUGCCGAAACGGGCAUUCUUGACGUCUCUUUACAGCCUGAGCUUCUCGAGAAGCAUGGCAAGCCACAGAAGGGAAUGGAACUCUCUGUCCUUCCUGCCUUAUCGAAGAAGUCAUAUGUGAUUUGUUGGAGUCCCAAGCCUGCCGCGGUCCUCUUUGCGCCACCCUAUACACCAAGCACCUGGAAGGUUCCAUUGAAGACGCUUCUGCACAGUGCUGAAUCCCCCAUGGUGAUUUUCUGUCCUUGCCAACCCAAGGACAAGAAGGACAGGUGGGGAGCGAUCCCACGCAUCAGUCGUCCAGAAGAAGAACUUCAAAUUGGAAGUCCUGUGAAGAUGCGGGUGCGCAGUAUCCGAGGUUUGCAAGUCUUGUGCGCGGCCCCUGUGAAUUUGCAGGGCCAUGUGCAUGCCACUCAGCUCGUGGAUGUGGGCGAGCCGGGCUCGGAAUGCCACCCAGCCAUGCCUUUGCAGAACUUUGGUCGCCCGACGAAGGAUGCUGGCAUCAUUGAGGCGCGCAUUCUCCGAAUGAAGCAGAGGUCGCAGAAGAAGGUGAAGAUUUGGCACUUAGAGUUGACCUGCCGUCCCUCCCUACAACUGAAAGACAAUAUUGAUUCCUAUGAAAAGGCCUUGAUCCGAUGGUCCACGUUGAAGCCGGGCAUGGUCGUCGCGGCGGCGGUUCUGUCGGUACAGAAGAAGCUCCUGUGGAUGGAAGUCGCUCCGGGCAUCCGCGGCCGCGUCGGAGUCCUGGACUGCUCCGCGGACCUCGCCGUCUUGCAGUCUCUCUCCGAGCACUUUCAGGUGGGUCAGGUCCUUUCAGCUCGAGUGCUCCACGUCAAGAGUUCGCAAAAGGAACUCGACCUCUCCUUACUGCCAAGUGAGAGUGAAGAAAGCGGACGGAUUUGCGUUGGGCGGCUGAAUAAACUGAACGAGACGAAUGCGUCCGCGGCUUCGGCCACCGUGCAGUUGCCGGGCAGACGUUGGGGUUCGGUGCACAUGACGGAACUCUUCGACGUUUGGGCCAAGCAGCCGACGAAUCGCUUGAAAGUGGGAUCCCUUGUUCCCGUGAAACUCCUGUCGACUCCAGACGACUCCGAGCCGAACGAGUCGAAAAAGAGUCUACAAAGUAAGCGGUGUGAGGUGAGUUUACGAUGGAGCCAAGUGCAAGGCACCAAAGAAGCUGAAGAGGAGCAACGGUUCUUUUCGGUCAAGGAGUUGAAGGAGUCAGGCGCCAAGAAAGUCUCAGGCUAUGUUUCUUCCUCCGGGCCGUUUGGCGUUUUUGUGGCUUUGAGCCGAACUCUGACCGGGCGGAUCAAACUGAAAGCUUUGAGCGAAACACAUGUCAUGAAAGAGGCCGUGGCAAAGUUGUAUCCACCAGGCUUGCUCCUUCGUGAUAUCACAGUGGUUGAAUUGAAUGAAGAAACAGACCAAGUAGAGUUGUCUUUAAGAGAUUCAACAGGAAACACGCUUACUGCUGAGCAGCUUUCAGUUGGAGACAUCGUCUCAGGGAAGGUGAAAGCGGUUGAGUCCUUUGGUCUCUUUGUUCGUUUGGAGAAUUCUACCAUUGAUGCCUUCGUGCACAAGUCUGAAAUUUCAGACUCAGCUUCAACGGCAGUGACUUCAUACAAAGUCGGCACCAAAGUUGCUGGCAAAAUCGUGAAGAUUGAUGGCCACAAAGUCGGGCUUACGAUCAAACCAUCUGAAAUGGAGGGUGUGGAGGAUGCAUCUGACUCGGAUUUGCAAGAGUUCCUUACAAAGUCGGGCACCAAAAGGAAGGUUGAGAAAGUCGAAAAACAGAAACAGCUCAAGAAGGCAAAGAAAACAAGGAAUGCGAAGCAAAGCGAACCAGAGGAGCCAGAAGAGCCAGAGGAGCCAGAGGAACCAGAAGAACCUUGGAAGCCUUUGCCGAAAGCAUCUUCUGCCGCUUUUGAGUUCGCGGACUUCAAGGUCGAUGCUGCCAGCUCUUCAGAUGCGUCGGAGCAUGAAGAGGACGGGAAAGACCUGAAGCUCUCGAAAAGGCAGAAGAAAGCCCAACGGAAAGAGGAGCAAAUCGAUUUACAGAAGCGAGAGGCUGAGAAUGCUGACGGCCAAUGGGAGUACAACCCUCGAAGUGUGGAAGACUUUGAGCGGCUUCUUCUCACGAAGGGCGACACUUCCGUUGUUUGGAUCCGUUAUAUGGCCUUUCACUUGAAGAUGAGUGAUUUGGAAAAGGCUCGGCAGGUGGCCGAACGUGCGGUGAAGCAUGUUGGCUUCUCCGAGAGCAAAGAGCGCUUCAACGUGUGGGUGGCCUAUUUGAACUUGGAGUGCACCUUCGGCACGGAGAAGACCUCCGAGGCGGUGAUCCAAAGGGCCACACGUCACAACGAUGCCAAGCAGGUCUACAUGCAGCUGGCCAGGAUCCACGAGCGAAACAAGAAAACGCACUUGGCCGUGAAAGCCUACGAGACCUGCACGCGCAAGUUCCCCCAAUCCAAAAAGGUUUGGAUUGCUUUCCUCACGUUUCUCUACCAGAAUGGCGACUCAGAGGGUGCCCGGAAAGUGCUUCCAAAAGGCCUCUCUGCCUUACCACGACGAAAACAUCCAUUGGUGGUGUCAAGAGCAGCCAUCCUGGAGUAUCAGAACGGCUCUCCAGAUCGGGGGCGCAGCAUUUUGGAAGGUCUUCUUGACAGCUAUCCCAAACGGACAGAUUUGUGGUCAGUAUACUUCGACGCUCAGAUCAAAGCCCUGACGCCGCCGAAAGUUCCAGUGCCGGACUUCAAGGAAAUUCGCUCUUUGUUUCGGCGGUGCUCAGUCAUGUCGCUGAAAGCGACGAAGAUGCGUUUCUUCUUCAAACGAUGGCUCGACUUCGAAACCAAGUGGGGUGAUGAGCAAAGUCAAGAAGAAGUCCGCCAAAAAGCAAGGGACUAUGUGGAGAGCCAAGCCUGAGAGCUGAAAAACGCUGAAGCAUCAUGAUUGUCAGCUCUGAGUCAGCUCACGCCUUUACAUCAAAUCCCAGCCGUGGCAGCCGUUCUCUCACUUCUCUCACCGCCUCAUGUCUCGUUUCACCGCAGUAAGGCUGCACAGUCUGCAAACCUGCGCGGAA